UGCAUUGAGGCCAUGUGGUGUCAGGUGGGCCGAUCCAACUUGCUGUUCUGCCCAUGUCGUUCGGCGAACUUGCCCUCCUCGCAGGCUGGAUUUGAGCUGGAUCGGCCAAGUUUGCCCACUCAGUCUUGGGUUUCACACCCUCAACUUGACCGGCAGAUGGGCACAACUGUGGACUGUCGCUUGGAGACCACUCCGCUCUCGGGUGGCCGGAUAUCCUCUCGACAUAGCGACAUUUCUUGCGGCAAAUGGAUUUCGGAAAUUACCAAACUACCUGGUAACUGUAGCACACAAAAGCAUAAAUGGCGAAUUUUAAUUGCAUCAAAAUGGCGGAAUGGACAUCACAUCGAAAGCAACCGGACAUUUACGUCAUGGGACGCAGAGAUCAGCAUCGCGUAG